AUGGCAGAAAUUCACACCCAAACUCCAACAAUCAGUCCCACAACAAGCAAACCAUGUAACAAUCCUCCACAACAACAUAGUCUCAAUUCAAUGGUUCUCAUAGCAGCAAUAGUAUGUGCUUUACUCUGUGCUCUUGGUCUCAACACAAUGCUACAAUGUGUGUUCCAAUGCGCGAGCCGUGUCCUUACCGAACCUCUCCAAUGGAUCGCUUCUCGAAGGCACAAUUCCGGACUCAAGAAGAAAGAUAGAGUUGCUUUGCCAACAUCAGUUUAUAAUACUCAUUCAGGUGGAUCAUCAACUCCUCAAACUAUGGAUUCUAACUGUGCUAUUUGCUUAGCUGAGUUUUGUGAUGGUGAUAAGAUGAAGAUGCUACCAAAGUGUAAUCAUCGUUUUCAUGUUGUUUGUAUUGAUAAGUGGUUGCUUUCUCAUUCUUCUUGUCCUACUUGUAGGAACGUGAUCAAGUCUCGUGAUUCUGUACACUGCUUAAACAUUGUUAUAUCAUAG